AUGGCCAUAUUGAAAGACACCAUAGUUAGAUACGCUAACGCGAGCUAUGCACCCGCUGCUGCUGCUGCUGCCACGACCACGACCACGACCACAGCAUAUCCAAACCUGUCCCUGCUCUUGCAAAAGAGACGGUCUAUUGCCAACGCCAAGUCGAAAAACUCCAACCUCGUGAAAAGAGAACUGCAAUCGCACCAUUCGGCCAUCAGCGAGUACAACAAUGACCAAUUGAACCAUUACUUCCAACUUUCGCAAACGGAAAAACCGCUGUACAGCCUGACCAACUUCACGUCUCAGCCGCAGGUCAACCCGAAAAUGCGGUUCCUGAUCUUCGACUUCAUCAUGUACUGCCACACACGACUCAAUCUCUCGACGUCCACUCUGUUCCUCACGUUCACCAUCCUGGACAAGUACUCCUCGCGCUUCAUCAUCAAGAGCUACAAUUACCAGCUCCUGUCGCUUACCGCGCUGUGGAUCUCAUCCAAGUUCUGGGACUCCAAGAACAGAAUGGCCACGUUGAAAGUCUUGCAGAACUUGUGUUGCAACCAAUAUUCCAUAAAACAGUUCACCUCCAUGGAAAUGCAUCUCUUCAAAUCCCUCGACUGGUCCAUCUGCCAGUCCGCUACAUUCGACUCGUUCAUCGAUAUAUUCCUGUUCCAGUCCACGUCCCCAUUGCUGUCUACCCCCACGCUCUCUGCCCCCUUGGAAGCUUUCAUUCAACAGAAACUGGCCUUAUUAAACGAUGCUGCUGGUACUGCUAUUAAUAAAUCCUCGCCUCAGGGCCCCGCUUUUAACAUCAAUGAAAUAAAACUGGGCGCCAUCAUGUUGUGCGAAUUGGCUUCCUUCAACCUCGAACUAUCAUUUAAGUAUGAUCGUUCCUUAAUUGCGCUGGGUGCAAUUAACCUCAUCAAGUUGUCUUUAAACUACUACAAUUCAAACGUUUGGGAGAAUUUCGAUUUGGCUCCGGAGGGACCCGCCCAGGAUCUCGACAUCAGCUUAUCCGAGAUUUCAAACUUGCUAUUGGACAUCGCCAUGGACCAAGAUUCCUUCCCCUCCAGCUUCAAAUCGAAAUACCUAAACCAUAAUAAGGCCUCCCCGGCAAAAUCCCUCUUGGACGCAUUACAGAACUAUUGCGUUCAGUUGAAAUUGGAGGAAUUCUACCGUUCCCAAGAACUGGAAACCAUGUACAGUAACAUCUUUGCUCAAUCCUUCGAGGACGACCCAUUAGCUUGCGUCUAUCCGAAUACCACCACCCCAAAGAGCGCCACUGCUUCUUCCUCCGCCGCCACAGAUUAUUUCUCAGAUCAUACUCAUAUAAGAAGAUUAACCAAAGAGAACAUCUCUACGCCCUUUGCAUUCACCCCAACAUCAUCUUCGUCCUCCCCAUCCCCAUUCACUUCUCCUUACAAGACUUCAAGCUCUAUGACAACCCCAGAUUCUGCAUAUCAUCACGCCCAUUCGAAUUCGUUCUCGUCCACUCAAUAUUCUUUCAAAAGAUCGUUGAGUAUUCCACAAAACUCAAACAUCUUUUGGCCAAGCCCACUAACCCCCACCACACCGUCUCUUAUGUCAAACAGAAAGUUGCUACAAAAUUUACCGAUGCGCUCAAAAAGAUUAAUGCCCAUCAGACCCAUGGUCAGUGCACACUCAUACGCUGCCCCUACACACCUAAAGAAAAGAUCAACUUCAUCCACGGAUUGUGAUUUCAAUGAUGGUAGUAACCUCAAGAAAACUCGCUGA